AUGGAGACAAUUCAAAAAAGUUGGUCAGAACCUAUUAUUGGAGAUCCUGCCUUUGUGUUUGAAACAAAGUUGAAGAGGUUAAAAAAUAUUCUUAAAGAAUGGAGUUGGAAGGUUUUUGGGAAUGUGAAUUUCCAGAUUAAAGAAGCUGAGGUCAGAGUUCAAAAAGCAAUGGAAAAAUAUUAUAACAAUCCUUUUAAUGAAGAGAAUUUGAAUGAGUUGGUGGAAGCACAAAAUGUGUUUAACACUAAGGAGGUCCAACUAAAUGCAAUGAUGAAACAAAAAGAAAGAAUAGCAGAUCUUCUAGUAAGUCAUUUUGAGAAUAAAUUCAAAUUUAAAGAAGUUCAAGUAGCAGAUUCAUUACUAGAGGUUAUUCCAAAAUAUAUUACCAAAGAAGACCAAAGUAUGUUGGAUUCCAUUCCUAACACAGAAGAGAUCAAAAGCAUUAUUUUCAGCAUGGAUCCAGAUAGCUCUCCAGUUCCAGAUGGAUUCUCAGGAUGCUUUUAUAGAGCCUAUUGGCAGAUCAUAGUGGAUGAUGAAGCAAAAAAUCAGAAUCAAUUUAGGACAAUUGGCCUGAGUAAUGUGAGCUUUAAAAUUAUCACAAAGAUACUGACUGUAAGGAUGAGCACUCUGAUGGAAAAGCUGGUGGCCCCUCAGCAAGAAGUUUCCAUAAAAGGCAGAUGCAUUCAGGAGAAGGUUUUACUUGCAUCUGAAAUGGUCAAUGAGAUGAAGAAGAAAAGAAGAGGAGGUAAUGUUGGACUUAAACUUGAUAAUUCACAAGCAUAUGACUCUGUCAUUUGGGAAUUUAUUUUUCAACUACUUCAGAAAUUUAGUUUUUCAGCAAAUUGGUGUGAUUGGUUGCACAAAAUCUUUAAAUCAGCAAGAAUAUCAUUGCUAAUAAAUGGAGGUCCAUGUGGAUUUUUUCCUGUGAGUAGGGGUCUAAGUCAAGGAGAGCCCCUUUCUCCAAUUUUGUUUGUGCUAAUGGAAUAA